CCUAGAAGCCGCUUCUUCUACUUCUAGACUCUUCUCUUCCGUUUCAAAAAUCCCACCCUUUCUUCCAUUUUGUUCUGCUCCAUUUUCUUUCCACUUUCUCUCUCUUCAACUAACAUCAUGUACCGCUUUGCUUGUAGCCUUGCCUCCAAAGCUAGCAUUGCUAGGAGUAGUAGCCAACAGAUUGGAAGUAGGUUGAGUUGGAGCAGAAACUAUGCUGCGAAAGACAUUAAAUUUGGAGUGGAGGCUCGGGCUCUGAUGCUUAAGGGUGUUGAAGAGCUUGCUGAUGCUGUUAAAGUAACCAUGGGGCCUAAGGGGCGUAAUGUGGUGAUUGAGCAAAGUUUUGGUUCCCCUAAGGUAACCAAAGAUGGAGUAACUGUUGCAAAGAGCAUUGAAUUCAAGGAUAAAGUUAAGAAUAUUGGUGCCAGUCUUGUAAAGCAGGUUGCAAAUGCUACCAAUGAUGUGGCUGGUGAUGGAACCACAUGUGCUACAGUCCUUACACGAGCAAUAUUCACUGAAGGCUGCAAGUCAGUUGCAGCUGGAAUGAAUGCAAUGGACCUGAGGCGUGGUAUAACUAUGGCUGUUGAUGCUGUGGUGACAAACUUGAAAAGCAGAGCACGGAUGAUUAGCACAUCAGAAGAAAUAGCGCAGGUUGGGACAAUAUCUUCGAAUGGGGAGAGAGAAAUCGGUGAGUUAAUUGCAAAAGCAAUGGAGAAAGUUGGCAAAGAGGGAGUAAUAACAAUCGCGGAUGGCAAAACUUUGUAUAAUGAGUUGGAAGUUGUUGAAGGAAUGAAGCUUGACAGGGGCUACAUAUCUCCUUAUUUCAUAACAAACCAGAAGAACCAAAAAUGUGAACUUGAGGAUCCUCUCAUUCUAAUCCAUGAGAAGAAAAUCUCAAGUAUAAAUGCUGUGGUUAAAGUCUUGGAGUUGGCUUUGAAGAGACAAAGACCUUUAUUGAUUGUUGCUGAGGAUGUGGAAAGUGAUGCGCUUGCAACUCUGAUUCUAAAUAAGCUUCGUGCUGGAAUUAAGGUAUGCGCCAUUAAAGCCCCUGGUUUUGGUGAAAACAGGAAAUCUGGUCUUCAAGAUCUUGCAGUUCUUACAGGAGGAGCACUUAUCACUGAAGAGCUUGGCUUGAAUCUUGAAAAAGUGGAUCUGGAUAUGCUUGGUACUUGCAAAAAGAUAACAAUUUCUAAGGAUGACACUGUCAUUCUUGACGGAGCAGGUGACAAGCAAGCGAUCGAGGAAAGAUGCGAGCAGAUUAGGUCAGCAAUUGAAAAUAGCACUUCAGAUUAUGACAAGGAAAAGUUACAGGAAAGAUUAGCCAAGCUUUCUGGGGGUGUUGCAGUGCUUAAGAUUGGAGGAGCUAGCGAGGCUGAAGUUAGUGAGAAGAAGGAUAGAGUGACAGAUGCACUAAAUGCAACUAAGGCGGCUGUAGAGGAGGGCAUAGUACCGGGUGGUGGUGUUGCUCUUCUAUAUGCAUCAAAAGAGUUGGAUAAACUUCAAACUGCCAACUUUGAUCAAAAGAUUGGUGUCCAGAUUAUCCAAAACGCUUUAAAGACGCCUGUGCUCACAAUUGCAUCAAAUGCGGGAGUUGAGGGUGCUGUUGUUGUUGGCAAACUAUGGGAACAGGAUAAUCAUGAUCUUGGGUAUGAUGCAGCCAAAGGUGAAUAUGUUGAUAUGGUUAAAGCUGGAAUCAUAGACCCAUUGAAGGUGAUUAGGACAGCCUUGGUUGACGCAGCCAGUGUAUCAUCUUUGAUGACAACAACUGAAGCUAUUGUGGUUGAACUUCCAAAGGAUGAUAGAGAUGCUCCAGCUAUGGCUGGUGGAAUGGGUGGCAUGGAUUAUUAACCAGCUUCCAUUUGAUUGGAUCUGGAACGAAGAACAGUUGUGCUGAACCCAUUUAUAGCUAUUUUAAAUUAUUUGUUGUGAGAAGGCAUCAAUGUAAUCAAUAGUGAGAGAUUAAGGUUUAGAGGUAAACAAAUGUGAAUUGCAAUAAUUCCAAUGCUAGUUGGAACAAUUUUUACCUUCAAAUUAAGGCAUUGUUCCCGUUGAAAUUUUCAUAUUUCAACGGAGGUUUGUUCCAUUCACUUUUGGUGCAUCAAGUUUGUUUUGUAAUAAUGCAUUACGGUUUUGGUAA